AUGAAGGAAGCUAUCGUCCACGCUGGACCUAAGGUCGAAAUCCGAGAGGUCGACAUCCCCAAGCCUGGACCUCACCAGAUUGUAACCAAGAUUGUCUACUCUGGCAGUAAUCCGAAAGACUGGAAGGUCCCAGAAUGGCUUCGACAAAUACCGGCUCUCAAUCAAGGCGAUGACAUUGCUGGUGUUGUUCACGAGAUCGGCGAAGGAGUGGUGGAGUUCAAGAAGGGAGACCGAGUUGCAGCAUUCCACGAGAUGCUCGCGCCUGGAGGCUCUUACGCUGAGUACGGGCUCAGCUGGGAUCACACAACUUUCCAUCUUCCAGAGAAGACUAGCUUCGAGGGCAAGUCGAUUCCACUCGCAGCUUUGACAGCCGCCAUUGGUCUAUUCGCCAACGACCGCCUCAACCUACCACAACCCACUGCGCCCGCCAAAGAGCCCAUCCCUCUCGUUGUCUACGGUGCCUCCUCAGCUGUCGGAUCCUAUGUCCUCCAUUUCGCCAACCGCGCCAACAUCCACCCAUUGAUCUGCGUCUCCGGCCGAGCACAAGAGCACGUUGAGAAACUGAUCGAUCGAUCAAAAGGCGACACUAUCAUAGACUAUCGUAAGGGCAACGAAGCUGUCGUAAAGGGCAUCAAAGACGCCCUCAAAGGAGCCAAACUCUUCUACGCAUACGACGCAGUCUCCGAGCACAACUCAUACCAGAACAUCUGCGGAGUCUUAGAGCCAAAUGGCAACAUCACGCUCGUAUUGCCUGGGAAAGAAUAUCCCGAGAUCCCGGCUGGUGUGAACAAGACGAUCACACAGGUUGGAGAUGUACAUGGCAGCCAUAAGGAUCUUGGAUUUGUCUACUCGCGAUUAAUUACGAGAGGAUUGGAUGAGGGUUGGUUUAAGGCUCAGCCGCAGGAAGUUGUACCUGGUGGGCUUGGAGGUGUGCAGAAGGCUUUGGAGAAUCUGAAGAAUGGCAAUGCUAGCGCUGUCAAGUAUAUCUUUAAGAUCGCUGAUACAGAGGGCGCUGAGAAGGCGUAA